CAGCAGCACAGCCCAGCUCCCCCCAGAAGGCUGCGGGGCCACGCGAGUUGCUGAACUCCUGCAUUGAGAGGAGUGGCUGAAAUGCCCCCCAAAAGGUGACAGAGGCACAGCUCCGUGAGGACCUGCCCCCCUGGGCACACAGUGAUGCUCCUCCCAGCGUGGAUGCCCUCCCUGCCCAUCCUGCAGGCCAGCACAGCGGGGGCUGGUUCCAUCUGACGGGGGGCAUGAGCACAGCACGUGAGCAGGGCUUGGAUUAACUCCCUCACCCACCAAAGUGACAAAGCUCCUCCCCAGAGUGGCCACAAGGACCCAGUAACCAAACCCCACACACGGAUUUCAGGGCUGAAAACACUUCACUGAAGCACCUGAGGACAGGGUGGCUGCAGGACACGCUGAGGGACAUGCUCUGGUGCCAGGGCCCGGAGCACAGCCAUGACCAACAGCUCCAGCUGCACAGAGACAGACCUGAAGCGCUACUACGCCGUCACCUACACUGUCAUCCUCGUCCCUGGCCUCAUAGCAAACACUCUGGCCCUGUGGGUCUUCUACGGGUACAUGAAGGAGACUAAAAGGGCCGUGAUAUUUAUGAUCAACUUGGCCAUUGCCGAUUUACUGCAGGUUCUGUCCCUGCCCCUGAGGAUUUUCUAUUACCUGACGGGCACCUGGGAAUUCGGGGGAGGGCUCUGCCUGCUCUGCUUCUACCUGAAGUACGUCAACAUGUAUGCCAGCAUCUUCUUCCUGGUGUGCAUCAGCGUGAGGAGGUACCUGUUCCUCAUGCACCCCUUCAGGUUCAGCGACUGCAAGCGUGUCUGUGACAUCUACGUCAGCAUCGUGGGCUGGGUCGUGGUCUGCGUGGCCUGCCUGCCCUUCCCGCUCCUCAGGCUCGACGAGAGUAACAACAACACCUGUUUCGUGGAUCUGCCCAUCAAGGAGCUCGACCUCCCCACCUCCAUCACGCUGAUGACAAUAGGGGAGCUGGUGGGGUUCGUGACACCCCUGCUCAUCGUCCUGUACUGCUCGUGGAAGACCGCCCUGUCGCUGAAAGCGAACAACUCCGCUUCCCACGACCUGGGGGAGAAGAAAAAGGCCUUGAAGAUGAUUCUCACCUGCGCCCUGGUGUUCCUGAUCUGCUUUGCACCCUAUCACAUCAGCUUCCCCCUGGACUUCUUCGUGAAGACCAAGCAGAUCCGGGGGGGGUGCGUGCAGAAGGUGAUCUCGGUGUUCCACGCCGUGGCUCUGUGCCUCGCCAGCCUCAACUCCUGCGUCGACCCCGUCAUCUACUACUUUACUACGGACGAGUUCAGGAGACGCCUCUCCAGGCAGGAUCUGCACGACAGCAUCCAGCUCCACCACCUCAGCUACGCCAGGAAACACUCCAGGGACGUGCUGGUGGAGGACACCACGGAAUAG